AUGUCUCUUCAAUCCGCACUCCAGGAACUAUCCUUAUUUCGAAGAAACAACAUCAGAAAAUCCCAAGAGACUUUCAAUAAAGGUCUCGUAGUUCUUAAAGCAGGGGGAACGGCCAAACUUGGAGAGGAAGGAUGGGCGUUUUUGGAGCAGCUAGCUCUGGCUUCCCUUGAUAUAGGAAGAAUUGACAUCGCCGACCAAUGCCUUCUUCAACUCGCAGAAAAGUUCCCCGGCUCACCAAGGGUGGACGUCCUCACAGGAAUUCGAAUGGAAGCCACUGAAUCACCUAGCACAGUACUAAGCUACUACGAUGAAUUGCUGAGAGCUGAUUCAACCAAUGCAGCUGCCUGGAAACGACGGAUAUCAGUGCUUAGACGUAUGAAUAAGGUAGAGAAGGCUGUGGAGGAUCUGAACGAGUACCUUGAUACGUUCUAUACUGAUGUUGAAGGCUGGUUGGAGCUUGCAGAUAUCCACUCGUCUGCUAAUCAAUACACGCAUGCCUUGGAAGCCCUCUCUCACGCCCUUCUGCUGAACCCCCAGAAUCCUUUUACUUUCCUUCAAUUUGCUGAGACGGCGUAUACCGCCGGUGACCUUCCUUUGGCCCUCAAGAUGUUCCUUGUUGUCAUCGACAUGAACGAAGUAGAGGAUGAAGAUACCAUCCCUCUUGGGAUAUCUGUCAGAGCGUGGUGGGGGACGAAGUUGUGCUCUCGUCAACUUGUUUCGUCACAAACAUCCCAUGAAUCGAAUUCUAACACUCCAGUUCCCAAGAACAUCAAAUUGAUUGACGAACUGGCAACCGAACGUGUCUUGACUGCAUAUAGCGGUGAGCACGGUAUCCAAGCUCGUAGUUUGGUCUCGAACUGGAUGUCUGGACGUUGA